UUCAGCAAAGGGAACAUGUGACUUACUGUGGUUAUAAUGGUAUCGAAUUGUUCUCAACUAUGUAACCUGAAGAAUGUGUGAUUUAAGCUUAAAAAACAUUGUUGCUUUUCCAUAAACCGUGGAUUGUACUCCUAACAGUUUGCUGAUCAGAACAGGGGUCACAGUUAGCUUCGCGUUGGGUUGCAUGCAAGUGUGAACCAGUUACCCAUUUGCUAGCUAACUUAGUUAGCCAGGACAGAGCAGAACUGCAAAAGGGACAGAUGCGGCUCAAAGACCCUUUCUCUUUAAAGUCCGCUGAUAUGACGAAGCGGACCAGCAAGCCGAAGAAACCUCGGGAUGAGGAGUCCUCGGACGAAGUUGGUGGCCUCAUGUGUCAGCACGUCAGCAAGUCGGUGGACCUAGGCGCGGUGAAGAAGGCUGUGACGGGCAGCGUGUGGUCUGUGUGCGCCGACUGCUUACGGGAGAGGAACUUGAACGAAGGGGAGGCCGCUGGAUCCCAUGACAUCCUUGUGUGCCUCAAGUGUGGCUUUCAGGGCUGUAACCAAUCAGAGAGCCAGCACUCCACCAAGCACCAGCAGAGUCCUCACCCCGAGGCCCACUGCAUCACCAUCAGCCUCAGUACCUGGAAGGCCUGGUGUUUUGAAUGUAAUGAAGAGCUGUCCACUCACUGCAACAAGAAGGCCUUGGCACAGACGUUAGACUUCCUUCAGAAGCACUCUGUGAAGGCAACCACAGGAUCGUCAUCUAAACUCAUCAGACUUCGCGAGGAACCGUCAGACCACGCUGACGGCCAGAGGGGGGGUAAGAGUGCCCCCAAUAGCACCCUCGUCCCCGUCAAGGGCAUCAACAACCUGGGCAACACCUGCUUCUUCAAUGCCGUCAUGCAGAAUCUGUCACAGACCCACAUGCUGAAUGAAUUGAUUCAGGAGGUGAAGGAGAAGGGUCACAAGCUGAAGAUCGCCACAUCUGGAGAGUCCAACUUGGGGGCGCUGACGAUCACCCUGUCCAGCCCUGAACCCCUCACCUCGGCCAUGUUCCUCUUCCUCCACAGCAUGAAGGAGGCCGGGAAAGGAACCAUCUCGCCCAAAGUCCUCUUCAACCAGCUCUGCCAGAAGGCCCCUCGCUUUAAAGGCUACCAGCAGCAAGACAGCCAGGAGCUUCUUCACUACCUGCUAGAUGCCAUGAGGGUGGAGGAGACCAAGCGCAUCAAGGCAGGCAUCCUAAAAGCGUUUAACAACCCGACUGAGAAGACAGCCGACGAUGAGACCAAACGUCAAGUCAAAGCUUAUGGCAAAGAGGGUGUGAAGAUGAACUUUGUGGAUCGCAUCUUUGUGGGAGAGUUAACCAACACCAUCAUGUGUGAAGAGUGUGAACAUAUCUCCACAGUGAAAGAGGCCUUCAUUGACAUCUCACUGCCAAUUAUAGAGGAGAGGAUCUCCAAGCCUUCGAACCCCAGCAGAUCGGGAAAGAGCAGUCGGGAGCAGGAAGCUCUCGUAACCCACGGCGACGAGCCCUUGACAAUGCACACUCAGGGUAACAGAGCCAUCAGGAGGCUGAGUGCACCGAGGCAACCUGGCCGGCGUUUGUCCAGCAGUCAGGACGAGAGGGGAGGAGCCAGCUGCAGCGCCGCCCUUAAUGAGGAGGAUCUCUGUUCGGCUGGGCGGGGCUUUGGCAGCUGCCGGGGAGGCGGAGGCGGGUCUGGCAGCCAAUCGGAUGGCAGCGAGAAGGAUUCGGGCGCUCAGGACAGCAGUAACGAUGCCGACAGCGAGGCGUCCGAGAGCGAAUGGUCGCCCCGUUCACCCCCCGGACCCAGCCACCGGGGAAGCAUCACUACCCCCACGCCCGCUGAUCGCACCUCCAAACCCGCGCCCACCCCCGCGCCAGCGCACUACCAGCCCGCUCUGCCGUCUCUCACCACCAGCCAUCGACCCCCGCAGGGCGGCGCCGUAGAGCAGCUGGUCAGCGCCGUGUCCAAGCUGGGCCUCGUGCACACCUCGCCCGACACGCUGCCCCCGGACGAGCCGGGCGAGUCGGCCAGACAGGCCGCGCAGCCCCCACACGCCUACCCCCACCGCCAGCAGCAGCAGCACGGCCACCAGGGGGCGUUCCAGGCGCUGUCCCACAGCUACAUGCCCAGCUCUAAGGAGUGCUCGGUGCAGUCCUGCCUUUACCAGUUCACCUCCGUGGAGCUGCUCAUGGGCAACAACAAGCUGCUGUGUGAGAACUGCACGGAGCGCCGGCAGAGACAGCUCAGGAAGAGCAGCACAUCAGGGAAAAAAUCGGAGCGCGUGUACACCAGCGCCCGCAAGCAGAUGCUCAUCUCCUCCCUGCCACCCGUGGUCACACUGCACCUUAAGCGGUUUCACCAGGCAGGGAUGAACCUGCGGAAGGUGAACCGACACGUGGACUUCCCUCUCAUACUGGACCUAGCACCCUUCUGCUCAGCCUCGUGCAAGAACCUGUUGCCAGGUGAGCGGGUCCUGUAUAGUCUCUAUGGGAUCGUUGAGCACAGCGGAUCGAUGCGAGGAGGCCACUACACGGCAUACGUGAAGGUCCGCAACCCAGUAAAGAGGUCCGACCAGCGUCGCAACCAUUCAGGUGGGCGUGAGGCCAGUGCAUCAUCCCAGGGUCAGUGGGUGUAUGUCAGUGACACGAACGUUCAGACGGUACCGGAGUCUCGUGUGCUCAACUCUCAGGCCUACCUGCUCUUCUAUGAGGAGCUGCCUUAGGGAGUUUGGGAAGGAGGGGGACAGUGAUAAGUGAAUGGUUGAGUCCAUUAAAGGGGUGCACUGAAUGUUCAAGUCUGUUGUGAGGACACAUUGAAUGGAAGACAAUUCAUACGACAUAAACUUGUAUAAUAUCUGCUUGAGUGUGUGGCUUGGACUUUCAGCAUAUUUUGAUUUCUGUGUGUGUAUGGGGUCGGAUAGCCUGAGUGAAAUGUUAGCACAUUUGAAUUGAAUCUACAGGUUAAUCUGGAAAGAAGCCCAUUGACGUCUGUUUCCGAAUCACCAAAAACCCAGGAAUGUGUUAUUUCUUUGGAAUUGAGUAAACAACUGCAUUUAAAACCUUUGUUUAGAAGAAAUAUGUUUGCUGCACUUCUGAAACAAUUUAGUUAAAGUUUAAUUUCAAUUUAAUUUUACUGCUGGUUGCGUCCCUGGAAGUUGUACAAUGGAAAGUUCUGAAACAGGCGUCAAAAAGGAUCCUUUCCAGACAGACCUGCAGAGCAAAUUUUUAUUCAGUGGUUCAUCUGGGUUUAACCAGGUUAGGAGUCUGAUGGAUGGGUGUUUAUUUA